AUGGACGAGUCUACGGGCUCAGCGGGCUCGGCAAUCGACACCUCCAAGGACGCUCCCGUCCCGUCGCCCGCCCCUCCUUCCAGGUCCAACUCGUCGUCGAGCCUACACAGGAUUCCAAGUCACCGCCAGAGUUUUGCCGAAAACUUGCGAGGGAUGCCACCGUCGCCGCGCAGCCAGCGCCAUCCAUCCUUUACACAGGCCGCGAUUCAGGAUCUGCUCAAUCAUCCACCAACCACAAGGCCACAGAAUCCGCGCUUUGCCGGAAGAGACUGGCGCCAUGUUCACAUCGGCGAGCUCAUCUCCCGCGACGACGUCAAGUGGGUGGAUAUGGACACGAGUGUCGAGGACGCUUCCAUGGUUUGUCUCAUGUCCCUCAUGCGGUGCAAUGACUUUGGUGGCAUGAUGCACUCACUAACUGCAACACUGCAGGUCCUCCUCAAGAGCGCCAGCAACAACGUAGUUCUCAUUCGGGAGCAUGGCUCGGAUGGUACUGUUGUCUCUACCUUCGAUCAUAAUGAUCUGAAUGCAUACCUACUCGUGGUUGUAGGGCUAGCCCAUCCGACUGACGACUUAGUGGCUUUGUAUGAUUCGAUUGCCAAGAAGGCCCAGGCAAAUGAGAGUAUCCCACUAAGGGAUAUCCAGCCCAUCUGUCGCAAAGAAGCAUUGGUCAUCCUACCAGCGAAUGAAGACCUCGCAAAGGCUAUCGAGGUGUUCGGCAGCGGUAUUCAUCGAGUCCUAGUGACCAACGCUGGUGGCGACGUCGUCGGCGUCCUCAGCCAGCUUAGGCUCGUGGAGUUCUUCUGGAACGAGGGUGUCAACUUCAGGGUCAUAGACGACCUCUACCCUCGACUUAUGCGAGAUCUUGGUAUCGGAUCCCAACAAGUUAUCGCUGUUAGUGCCGAGAGUCCCUUGGCCGAUGCGCUCAGUCUCAUGAGCGAGGAGGGCUUGUCGAGCCUUGCAGUUAUUGAUAGCAACAGAAAUGUUGUCGGUAACAUUUCGACCGUCGACGUCCGUCUUCUCACCAACGCUGCCAGUCUGCCUCUCUUGCAGAACACGUGUAUGCAUUUUAUAUCAGUCAUCUUGAAUGAACGGGGCGUGGAAAAGGGAAAGGACUCCUUUCCUGUAUUUCACGUCAACCCGCACUCUUCCCUUGCCCAUACCGUUGGUGGCGACAAGAAGCCAUCGCAUGUGGGUAGUCGAGUCUGCUUCACCUUCACCAUCAGCGCCAGCAACGCCGUUGCUUGGGCCAACAGUAUUAGUUCCCAACUCCACGUCAAGCUCCCAGUCCCCAUUGGCUACAGGUGCACAUUUUCCAACAGUGCCAGCAUCGAAUAUGGCGGGAGCACAUCUUUCGGGCCGCUUAACGGGCGUUGUAACGUUGACGGAUAUUCUUAA